AUGACUCAACUCGAGUCCUCGGACAAGAGGGUGCAUCCGAUUGCGUCAUUCUGCUCGUCGUCAAGAGUCUGCAGAGCUGAGGUGGAGACGCCAAUGCAACCGAACACGCCACCGGCCAGCCUCGUUCAUCCUCUCGAUUUCAUCUGGACGUCGAGUGGUUGUCCCUAUGGUCAGAUUCACUUUUCUACACAAACUAUUCACAGCCAAGCCAAGCCAAGCCAAUCAAAUGGCAUCACUUUUAGUGGGUUUUUUGAUGAGAAGAUAGACGAACUGCUCCUGCAUCUGCCAUUUGAUGUCAGGAUUGUGAUAAAGCCGCUUCGCCCUCGGUUGAUCGGCGUUUCAGCGGCUAGAAUGAUCCCCUUUUUAGGCGUCAUAAGCUACGGUUUGAUCAACCCUUUCUUCUUUUCCCACUUCAACAAAGUCGGCUCCCCAGCGUUUGGGUGUCUUUUUCGCGACAAAAUCGUCCUCAGCAUGAGUACCGCCAUUGGCGCGGGCUGGUACAGCCCGGAAAAUGUGCAGAAAGGGUGUGGAUUUAUCAGCACGAAACAAGUCUUUUCUCGCCGGUGUCGUGAUGACGGGGACCGGUAG